UUUGCUUUUAGCUCGGGCAACAAAACACGCGUAAUAGUUGCAAACAAUUAAAUAGUUUUAAUAUAAUUCAAUGCAAAGUAUUAUAGCAAAAUAAUAAAAAAAGGCAAUGAUGAAAUUUCUUACAUCCACGACAAAGUAUUUACUGAAAAAUUCACAGCAGCUCCCAUUCAGGCGAAGCAUUUCUGCGCUAUAUAUAACAGGCGAUAAAGCGAAAAAUAAUUAUGCGCCACUUCAGCCGUACAUGGAUUUUGAGGGAACGUUCAAAGACUUGGCGCCUCUGGAAGAAAGUAUUAAAGCUCGAAAAAUGCAAAUAAACCUCGACGAAAUGCGAGUAAAAUACACCAAAUACCUCGGCAUGCAGAAACAAAUCAAAGAAGUUGAAGCUGAGCGUGAGGUUUUAACUAAAAAGUUGAAAGAACUAAAUAAAACAGGUGCUGCAAAUAGUGUUGAAACAGAACAAUUGAAGAAAACAGGUGUUAAUUUACGAAAUAAGUUAAAAUCACUUAAAACACAGAAGUAUCCAAUUGAAGAGGACUUCGUGCACGCUUUUUUAAACUUGCCCAAUACCUUGCAUCCACAAUGUCCGCACAGUAACGUUGAAAAGUUGUUAUAUCGCAGUCAAACACCACGUUGUGAGGAACAAAAACCAACACAUUUGGCCAACAAAGACCUAAUACACUUUAUCAAUAAUGACCGUUACUAUAUGUUUGGGGAACUUGCAGAGUUUGACGUUUUCAGCAUGCAAGCAUUAACGAAUUACUUUGUUACUAAAGGUGGUUUCAUGCAAAUGUCUAACCCCGACUUCGUGCGUUUAGUGCUUCUUGAAGCGAGUGCAACACCACUAGAAAGUUAUCAUCUGGUGAAAGAGGAGGAUCUUAUAAGCGAAGUAAAUCGUGCAUACUUAACAGGUGGUGCAACAUUCGAGGGAUUCCUAGGUGCUUUUGCACGUUUGGUGGUAUAUCCGACUGCAUUACCACUACCAUGCGUGGCAGCCGGUAGAAGCUAUGUUAAAGUUCCAAGUAACAGUAGUCAAAUAGAAAAUCUUUUCACUGCCACACAAAGCAAUGCCGUGCAAACAUUUGUGGCCACGCAAACGGCCGAUGAUGCACAGAAACAAAUGGAGACCAUUUUAAAUUUAGCUGUAGAUUUUUACAAAGAAUUGGGCGUGCAUUUUCGUGUUGUCUAUGCGGAUGCAAGUGCGUUAACAAAUGCAGAGUGUUUACGUGCAAAUAUUGAAAUAUUCUCGCCGGCAGAGCAGCGUUACAUUUGUGUGGGUAGUGUUAGCAAUUACAGUGAUUACGUUUCGAAACGUAUCAUGUUUUGUAUACGUGAGAAGACUGGAUAUGCUUUUCCGCAUUUGGUGGGCGGGAAUGUGCUGCACACAACCAGACUGAUAGCAUUGCUCAUGGAAAAUGGUGUAAACCUAGAAGACUGUAAAUUACUUGGCGAUGUCAACAGUGAAGCAUCAGCUGGAAGUGCUGCUUUGAAUGAGUUUAAAGAUUUAUUUAAAUAGGAAAUAGAAAGUAUGGAAAAGGCGAUUUUCUUAUGUUUUCAUUGAAAAUGCUUGCAUUUAAA